CAAUCUUUCCACCCAUUAUUCAGCUGUGUAAAUCCCUAAUUUCAACCUGCCGCUGACGAACUCUUCGGAUUCCUGCAGCAAUCUCAAAACCGCGAACUACCUGCUGCAGCCUCAAUGGAGUUUUGAUCAAUUUCGGGAUCGCACAGAAUCGAAUCUGUCCGUUCUCUAUUUUGACAGCUGCGAUUAAUUAUUCCACUCAGUCAAGUUUUCUUUCCCAUCCCCCAUCCCACUAUUGCCCCUCGUUUUUUUCUCCCCUGGGCGUUACCCCCCAAUACUAAACCAACUGUCAACGGAUAAAUCGCUGCCCACCGCUUAAGGUCCAACAAGUAAAUAGCAACCAAGUUCAACUUUAUUGUUGCAUUUGAAGUUUCCAAUACCAUCCAUAACAACAAAACCCGCCAACCUGAUUUUCUUUUCUCACGCUCCUUCAAUCCAAUUCAAUCCAUUAUAUUGGUAGUCAUACGUCAAAAUGGAGAAUUACCAGAAGCUUGAGAAGAUUGGCGAAGGUACUUAUGGUGUCGUCUACAAAGCCCGAGACCUGGCCCACGGUGGCCGUAUUGUCGCAUUGAAGAAGAUUCGUCUUGAGUCGGAAGAUGAAGGUGUCCCUAGCACUGCCAUCCGUGAGAUCUCUUUACUCAAGGAGAUGCGUGAUCCUAACAUCGUCCGACUUUUCAACAUCGUUCACGCCGAAGGACACAAGCUUUACCUGGUGUUCGAGUUUCUCGAUCUCGACUUGAAGAAGUACAUGGAAGCGCUUCCUAUCAGCGAUGGUGGUCGUGGCAAGGCUCUUCCUGAAGGUUCCGGGCCGGAGUUAGGACGUCUUGGACUAGGUGCGAGUAUGGUUCGUCGAUUCAUGAGUCAACUGUGCGAAGGAAUUCGUUACUGCCACAGCCACCGAAUUCUACAUCGGGAUCUGAAGCCCCAGAACUUGUUGAUCGACCGUGACGGCAACCUGAAGCUUGCUGAUUUCGGCUUGGCUCGUGCUUUUGGCGUUCCUCUUCGUACUUACACUCACGAAGUCGUUACUCUCUGGUACCGCGCUCCCGAGAUCUUGCUCGGUGGCCGACAGUACUCUACAGGUGUUGACAUGUGGUCGGUUGGAUGCAUCUUUGCGGAGAUGUGCACCAGAAAGCCCCUGUUCCCUGGUGACUCGGAGAUUGAUCAGAUCUUCAAGACAUUUCGCCUUCUGGGAACGCCUUCCGAGGAUAUCUGGCCUGGAGUAACCUCGUACCCUGACUUCAAAGCGUCUUUCCCCAAAUGGAUGCGCGACCCUUCGCAGAGCUUGUGCUCGAACCUUGACGAUAACGGUCUCGAUCUUCUAGAGUCUCUUCUCGUUUAUGACCCCGCUGGUCGUAUCUCUGCCAAGCAGGCUUGUCACCAUCCUUACUUCAACGAGCCGACGACGACGACGCGUCAUCCGACCCGCUACGGAAAUAACGGAUACGCUUGAGCAGCGCCCAUCCUACCCAAUAAAUGAGGUAUGAUACGAUGUAUCCGAAACUUAGAAUAUGCUAUUUACACCGAGCAUCAUUCUUGCCUUUCAGGAUACGCGAUACGCUUGCUCUGGUAUUAAUCACGAAUACAAUACUACACAUCCCCAUCGUUAAAUGCGUUCUCGAUCGGAAACCCAUGAUGUGCGCCACGUCUAGAAUGCGUCUCUUGCAGGAGGAGGAAGCACUGACCUUCUCAUUUUCCAAUGUUUUCGCAAGCUAUGCGGCAUGCGAGCAAUGGUUUCACGGGGCGUUGGAAGGGGGAACUAGGCAUUUGAGAGGAGUUAGGGGGGAUAGGAACUACGCAUGAGAACAAUCCCUUUUUCAGAAGGCGAUGAAUGUCAUGGUGCAAUAGUCAUGGGAAUGUCGUUGCCGUGGCAGGAUGCCUCAAUAUCCAUUUUCCUUUGUCUUUUGCCCGAAGUAGUUGCUCGGCCACGAAAACUGAUGAUGCAUUUGCUCUAUAAGAAAUGAAUCAAUGAAAGACGGUUGCAUUUCUGAUUAA